AUCAAUGGAAGAUUAAUGGCCAUGGCAGUAGUUGAGAAUGCUUCGAACCAAGAUGCAGCUGCACCAGCAGUGACAGCGAACGAUCAGGAUCAGUCAAAGCAAAACCAAGUUCGAUCAAGGAUUGAUCAGGGGUUGUACAACACGAUUGGUGGAACCCAUUCUCAAUCCAACGGUGGGGAUGAAGUUGGGGAUAUCUUCAAGGGAGAGAUGAGGGAGUUGCAAGAACUGUUCUCUAAGCUUAACCCCAUGGCUGAAGAGUUCGUGCCUCAUUCAGUUGCUAACCAUGGAUUCAAUGGAGGGUUUUUCAUUAACAACUCUUUUCUGCAAAACAACAAUAAUAUCUUAAGGAAUGGCCAGGCAAAUGGCAACGGUGCUGGUAGGCGGAAGAAAAUUUUCAAUCAAGGUAAAGGGAGAUUGAACAACAGGACAAGUAUGGCCCAGAGAGAAGAGAUUAUCCGUAGAACUGUUUAUGUGUCUGAUAUUGACCAACAGGUCACUGAAGAGCAGCUUGCUGGUUUAUUUGUGACUUGUGGACAGGUGGUUGAUUGCCGCAUUUGUGGUGAUCCAAAUUCUGUACUUCGUUUUGCCUUUAUCGAAUUUACUGACGAAGAAGGUGCACGAUCUGCUCUGAAUCUGGCAGGGACCAUGCUUGGAUUCUACCCUGUUAGGGUGCUACCUUCGAAAACAGCUAUUGCACCUGUUAACGCAACGUUUUUGCCGAGGAAUGAAGAUGAACGUCAGAUGUGUGCAAGAACUAUCUACUGUACUAACAUUGACAAGAAGAUUACUCAGGCUGAUGUUAAACUCUUUUUCGAAACAGUUUGUGGGGAGGUUUAUCGCCUGAGGUUGCUGGGGGACUAUCACCAUUUAACUCGCAUUGCUUUUGUCGAGUUUGUAAUGGCUGAAAGUGCGAUCGCCGCUCUCAACUGUAGCGGUGUGGUUCUGGGAUCACUACCCAUAAGGGUAAGUCCAUCCAAGACCCCAGUUCGGCCACGCACUCCUCGCCUUCCCAUGCACUGAAUGUCCCGGACCCUACUGAUUUAGUAUCGGUUUAUAUAUAUUUAGAAUCCAUACGCGUAUCCAUGUAAAGAUAUUUCAUAUGUUGAUGGUCUGCCAGUUUAUAUAUAAUGUAUAUAGUCCGCCGCUGCGCUUGAGGGUCGUUUGAGUCAUCUUCUGUUUGUCCUUGGCUCCUUGCAACUAACAGUAUAUAGAGUUGGAUGGAACUUGGAGGCUUUGAAAUGAUAUGCAUUAUUACUCACUAAUGUGGACUAGAUUUUGCCCCAAAUUAAGCUUUU